AGUGUAAACAUUGUCGUGACGUUUAUCCACCACCCAUCAGCUGCUUUGCCCCUGCAGCUUAUGACAGCAGUGAUUUUUCCACCCUGAGAUCUCCAGUUUGAUUCCAGAUCUCUUUUUGUUUCUCCCAUUUCUGCGUCUGUGUAUCUGUAUCCCAGCCCGCUUGCUUCUUGUACCAAACAUGCAGAAAAGAAAGAAGCCAGAACCGAUCCAGCUGAAUCCGAUUCCUGAUGGGAACACUAUCAACGGAACAGGAGCCUCAGAAACAAACUUGGAGGCUUUGCAGAAAAAACUUGAGGAGCUCGAGUUGGAUGAGCAACAGCGAAAACGCUUGGAGGCCUUCCUGACACAGAAGCAGAAAGUGGGGGAGCUGAAGGAUGAUGAUUUCGAGAAGAUUUGUGAGCUCGGUGCAGGCAACGGAGGCGUCGUUUUUAAGGUCUCACACCGACCCUCUGGUCUUAUUAUGGCCAGGAAGCUGAUCCACCUGGAGAUUAAGCCGGCCAUCAGGAACCAGAUCAUCCGGGAGCUGCAGGUGUUACACGAGUGUAACUCUCCAUACAUAGUGGGAUUCUAUGGUGCUUUUUACAGCGAUGGAGAAAUCAGCAUCUGCAUGGAGCAUAUGGAUGGUGGAUCUCUGGACCAGUCACUGAAGACAGCAGGCAAAAUCCCAGAGGAGAUCCUUGGCAAAGUCAGCAUUGCUGUCAUAAAAGGCCUUUCCUAUCUGCGUGAGAAACACAAGAUCAUGCAUAGAGAUGUCAAGCCUUCUAACAUCCUGGUGAAUUCCCGUGGUGAGAUCAAGCUGUGUGACUUUGGCGUGAGCGGACAGCUCAUAGACUCCAUGGCCAACUCCUUUGUGGGCACUCGCUCUUACAUGUCGCCAGAGCGUCUACAGGGCACACAUUACUCUGUUCAGUCAGACAUAUGGAGCAUGGGUCUGUCCCUGGUUGAAAUGGCCAUUGGGCGCUUCCCUAUCCCUCCACCUUAUUCCAAAGAACUAGAGCAGAUCUUUGGAUUCCCAGUGGAAGGGGAGGCAGCCUCCAGCGAGUCCUCUCCAAAACCAUGCCCCCCUGGACGUACGGGGAGCUCAUAUGGACCAAACAGCAGACCACCUAUGGCUAUAUUUGAGCUGCUCGAUUAUAUAGUCAAUGAGCCUCCACCAAAGCUUCCUGGGAUAUUUAGCUCAGAAUUCCAGGACUUUGUUAAUAAAUGUCUGAUUAAGAAUCCUGCAGAGAGGGCAGACUUAAAGCAGCUGAUGGUGCACCCUUUUAUCAAAAAAUCAGAGGCUGAGGAGGUGGACUUCGCUGGCUGGUUGUGCAGCACAAUUGGACUCAGUCAGCCUGCGACACCCACCCAUGGCACAAGUAUGUGAGACGUCUACUGCAAAGCCAUAACUACAAGACCUUUAAUUGAUUUUUAUUACUGCUAAGUGUUUCCAAAGUAAGCAAGGGGUUAAAUCAGAACCUUCCAGGUGCAUCUCAGUAAAUUUAAAAAUGAUCAAAAUAUAAUUUGUCUGUAAUUUUCAGUAAUUAAAUCAAAAAGUGAAACUCAGUCCCAUUACUCACAGAGGAAAAUAUUUUAAGCACUUAAUUCUGAUAUUUUAUGGCUUACAGCUAAAGAAACCCUAAAUUAAAUUUAUCCAAAAAAACAGUAUUAUAAUACAAGAAAAGGAGAACUUUUAAUGCAGAAACUUCUGCCUACUAAAUGGUAUGUCUAUGUACUGUAGUGUAUACACUCAGUACUUGGUCAAUGAUGUUUUUGCACAAAUUACUGCAUUCAUGGGGCGGGCAUGGAGGUGAUCAAGCAGUGGCACUACCGAGGUGUUAGGCCAGGUUGCUUUAAGUUUGGACUGAUGCCUGUAAGCUUCCUCUUGAUAAUUCUCCAUGGGGUUUAGGUCAGGCUAGUUUGCUGGCCAGUCAAAGGCAGCAAUAUGGCAGCCAUUCAAGCAGAUACUGGUCCUGCUGGAAUCAGCAUCUCCAUAAAGCUUGUCAGCAGAAGGAUGCAUGAAGUGCUCCAAAAGUUCUGGAGUUGAUAAAACACAGACUAACAUCAGAAGAUGACGUGGCACCCUACAUCAAAGACAAAAGCAGGUGCUUUCUGUUACACUCCUAUGUCUCUCCAUCUAAGUAGCCAAAAGAAAAUUGUAUGAUUUGAAGAUUUUGUCAGCUAACGAGUCAGUCAAACGUUAGAUUGCAUUUAAACCUCUUAUAAUAUAUUCUUUGCCAUUGUUUUUUUUUUUUUUUGUUCUUUUGCUGUAGAUUUAUUUAAAAUUAUGCAAUGAGUUAGUGGUUUUUCCAAUUUGUCAUGGAAAACAUCAACUUUCAGUGUUGGACAGUUAUUCUGUAUUACUGUGGUCAUAUUUUUAAACUUUAGACAAAAAAAAAAUGAACAAGAACUGGCUAAUGUUUAGAUGGUGAUCUAUGUACCUGAAGGAAUUCAUUUAAACCUCUCUGAACUGAAUUUAGACACCGUAGUUCUCCUGUGGGGUGAAAUGCAUGACAGCUGGAAUUUAAGCAGCUUGGAUUCUGCUCUUCUCUAUUCAGAUCAUGUUUAAAUGAAAUAAAAACUUUCCUUUCCUCUGAAGAGGACUUUAUACCACCAAGCAACAGUCCAGCAUGUCUCCUAUUGAUAUUGUCUCUGAUCUAGCAGUGGCUCAACCUAAGGAUUGAGACGUUUGAAGCCCAUCUCCUGUAGAAGUCUGAGGUAGCUCUCACCUUCAGCUGCAGCCCAAUCCUGCUCUUUUCUAUUUUAGUUUUUGCUUUUGUUGGAUGUUGACUGGAAAUAAAAAUGUGCAGACAGCAGCACAUUUGUUAUAAAUCAUUUUAUGGAGCAAUAAUCUUUAUUUUCAAUGAACUUAAAAUAUCACUUCAUGUGUAAUGAAACAAGUUUCACUUUAAUAGCUAAAAUAAGCCCACAACACUUUUUGAGAUGCACCUGUAUAUCAGCUAUACAAACUUACAUGCAGUUAUGUAUAGGACCACUGUUUAGGCCACUUUAUAGAGGCCUGAUUGAAAAGCCAUCUUUUUGUAAUGAGCUGGUUUUGGAAAAAUAACACUGCUAAACCUUUUGUGGUCGACACUCCUCUUCAAUCACGUACGAUACUGAAUUGUUUUUCCUCGUUCAAUGUGUUAAUAUCUUUGUGAUUAAGCCUCUUCCUGCAUUGGAAUCAAUGUCUCAUCAAGAGUCAAACACCAGAGGUGGGGGUCACAUCCUACUUCAGUACGCAUGAACAAUCCUUUCCCAGUAAAACAUCCUGAAAAUCAUCAUCUUGGCCAACGUGUAUAUUUUUAAGAAUCUCUAUGCUGAUGAUGUCCCGAUUUAUUGUGCAUCCCUAUACCUCACCAACCCCCACUGAUUUGUUGGCUUUUGUGACAUUUAUCUUGUGAAUUAAAUAGUUUGAAUGACA